CCCAUCGUUGGUAUCAGUGGGAGGAAUAGUGUCCCAUCAUUGGUAUCAGUGGGAGGAAUAGUGUCCCAUCAUUGGUAUCAGUGGGAGGAACAGUGCCACAUCAUUGGUGUCAGUGGGAGGAAUAGUGCCCCAUCAUUGAUAUCAUGGGGGGGAAUAGUGCCCCAUCAUUGCUGUCAGUGGGGGGGGGAUAGUGCCCCAUCAUUGGUGUCAGUGGGGGGGGAAUAGUGCCCCAUCAUUGGUAUCAGUGGUGGUGGGGAAUAGUGCCCCAUCAUUGGUGUCAGUGGGGGGAGGAAUAGUGCCCCAUCGUUGGUGUCAGUGGGGGGAGGAAUAGUGCCCCAUCGUUGGUGCCAAUGGGGGGAGGAAGAGUGCCCCAUCAUUGGUGUCAGUGGGGGGAGGAAUAGUGCCCAAUAGUUGGUGUCAGUGGGGGGGAAAUAGUGCCCCAUCAUUGGUGUCAGUGGGAGGAAUAGUGCCCCAUCAUUGGUAUUAGUG